AUGCGAUCGAAAUUGGAAACGCUGACAAGCCUCCUGCUUGCAGGUCAAGCAUGCGCCAAGAUCAAUCGCCAGAAAAUCGUGCAGCAAUUCAAUCCACACCGUACUGCUUCCUCAGAUUCCACUCCUCUUCAAGUCGGAAAUGGCGACUUUGCGUUUGGCGCAGACGUUACAGGUCUACAGACCUUUCAGCCCUUCAACACUCUUUCGACGUGGUGCUGGCACAACUCUUCGCUUCCAACAGCACCAAAUCAAACCGAGCCAGCGGAUUUCGUAGGCCUGGACUGGUGGACCCAUGGCAGGCUGGUCAACUACGAGCAGCCAAAUCCUGCAAAACCGGACAUCAGUCAAUGGAUGAUCAGCAACCCGCAUAGAGCCAACCUUGGGAGGGUUGGCCUCUGGUUUGGCGACAACAUCACUGAGUCGGACGUCAGCGCCACACAGCAGGAGCUCGACUUGUACAGCGGCACCAUCACCUCAUCAUUCAAAUGGGGAGGUGAGCACGUACAGAUCUCUACGUAUGGCGACCCAGCCACGAGCAGCAUAGCUGUUGAAGUCAGCUCCGCCUUGCUGCAAGAUGGUUAUCUUGGUGUUUUCUUCGACUACCCUUACAUGAACGAUCUCAACAAGUUUGAAGCUCCGUUUGUGGGAUUGUACAAUGCAACGGCUAAUCACACCACCCGGAUGGUGUCUGGAGACCAUCACCAAGCGUGCAUCGAGCACACAAUGGAUGCAACGACGUAUUAUACCACUGUUCACUGGAAUCAAGAUGCGUCAUUGACUGGACCCCUACCUCACAGUCAUCGCUAUGUUCUGAAGCCGCAUGGUGAUGAGCAUCUCACACUCACAGUCUCCUACCAUGACACGCCAUCUCCACGAGAAGCUUCUUUUUACAGCCCAGGAGGCCAAGGUGCGCGCAUCAAUACCGACUUCGAGCAGAUUACAACGGCUUCGGCGGCGUACUGGGAAGAUUUCUGGGAGACCGGAGCCUUCGUAGACAUGACAAAGAGUGGUAACACGAGCGCAAUGGAGCUCCAACGCCGUGUCAUCCUCUCUCAGUAUCUGGAAGCGGUCAAUGAAGCGGGCUUCGACCCACCACAAGAGUCUGGCCUUGUGAACAACGGCUGGUAUGGCAAAUUUCACGCAGAGAUGUUCCUCUGGCAUCUCGGUCACUGGGGACGAUGGGGACAAUGGGGUUUACAAAACCGAGCAAUGCCAGGAGUGUACGAGCGCUUCCUCCCUACCAGCAUUGAGCGGGCGAAGAGACAAGGCUACGAGGGUGCGAGAUGGGGCAAGAUGAGCGAUCCGACAGGCAGAAGCGCACCUGGAGAGAUCAAUAGCCUGCUCAUCUGGCAGCAGCCACAUCCAAUGCAGUUCGCUGAAUAUGAGUGGCGUGCCUUUCCAAACGACGCUACACUCCAGAAGUGGGACGAAGUGUUGUAUGAAACCGCUGCAUGGAUGGCAGACUACGCCUACUGCAAUGAGAGCACUGGCGUAUACGACCUGGGGCCUCCAAUAUAUCCAGUCAGUGAGAACACCGAUCCCAACGCAACUUUCAACGCAGCAUUCGAGCUGGCAUACUGGCGCUUUGGUCUCGACACCGCCUCGCAAUGGCAAAAGCGGCAAGGCAAACCUGUGCCAGCGAAGUGGACCCACGUUGCAGAGAACCUCGCGCCUCUCCCCGUCGCUGACGAGACCUAUGUCAUUUACGAAGGCAUAGAUGACAUGUGGCACAACACGACCUACACAACAGACCAUCAAAGCAUGCUCGGCAUCUACGGUUGGCUGCCACCCCAGCCAGACUUCAACUUAACCAUCAUGCAGAACACUGUUGAGCACGUUUACAGUACUUGGAACUUCACAGAUAGUUACGGCUGGGACUUCCCUCUGCUGACAAUGAAUGCGGCCAGAUUGGGUGAGGUUGACCGAGCGGUGGACUGGUUGCUGGACUCGACGUUCGAAUUUGAUGAUGCUGGGUAUCAGGUCGGAGGCGCAAGGGUGCCGACGCCGUACAUGCCAGGCGCUGCGAGCUUGUUGUGGGCUGUGGCAAUGUUGGCGAGUGGGUGGGAUGGACAUGAGGGCUCUCACUUCCCUUCAAGCUGGAAUGUGGAGGUGGAAGGGUUCUUGCCUGCGAUGUAA